GAAUAAUUCAAAGCUGACAGGAAAAUACAUUGCUGGACGAGGAAGAGCCCUAAAGGAAUCUUCACGGACAGUACCUAAAGCAGAGACAUUUCCAAUGGCACUGACAAGGAGAAUUUGUCCAGUAACCUGAGCUUUUUCAGUUCCAAGGAGAUCAUUUCCUUUUUCCUCAUGACCUUAAUGUUUGAUUGAGAAGUGAUCAAGAGGAAUUUACCUGCUGGUCCCUCUUAGAAUGGUUUAAACAUUCUGUGCCAUUGACAAAAGCACUUUCCAGAUGAUGUUGGUGAUGGUACUUUAUAUGGUCUUUGAGCCAGCACUUACAUUCAACAAAGUGGAAUAUUGCACUGGUUGUGCAGACAGCUGAAUCAAAACAGAUCUUGCAUGUGUUUGGACCAGCUGUUGUUUAGGAGUGAAAGCCAAAACUUGAAUGGCAGUUAAUAUAAUGAGGUUGAAAGAAGAAGACAAGUGCAAAAGUUGAUACUGAGUGGCCAAUUAAAUGUCUCAGCAAUGCUGGAUAAGUUGAAUGAUACUGGUGAAAAUGGAAACAGUUCAGGUUAUGUGUCAUCGUCCUCCAAUCAGCAACAACUAGAUGGGUUCAAACCCAUUCAAACUGAUUGCUAUACAGAAUUAACUGGUAACAAAAACUGUUCAAAAACCCCCAUGCAAAGCACACAGUGGCAAAAGGAAAUGAAAAGGGCAUCACUGUUUCAUAAUAACCUUGAAAACCACAUACACAAAUUGAAUAUUGGUAACUGUGAAGAUGGUGCUAUGAAUAAUAAUCUUCCUCCAAGAUUAAAAAAUAAACACAUUGGAAAACACUUUCAAACACAAAGGCCAGGGCCAGGUCAACCAAAAGAGAGUGUCAAUGAACAUCAGUUUGAGAUGAGAGUAAGACACAAUUGGGAUAAUCCUAGUCAAAGAAACAAGCAGGGGUCAUUACGCAUGAUGCCAGAAAAAUGUAAUACCCAGAAGGAGAAAACAAAUUCAGAUCCCUGGAAUGAUUGGGAAACGUCGGUAGUAGCUCCAGUGCAUGUGAUGGAUGAUGAAGAUUUGGACGAAAUUAUUACAGUCAGUGAUAAUGAUAACAUGGAUGAUGUUAUGGUACAACAGUAUGUUAAUGCUCUUCAUCAGAAGGCAUCUGGUGCUUCUAAAGCCACCCCUUCAAAGGCAACACCCAGCCGCAUUCAAGCUCUUGGUAACCUCAAGUCAACUACAAAUGCUGACUCUUACCAGGUCCCUCCAGGCACUAUACCAAACCCACCCAAGGGACCAGAUCGCUGGGGUGGCAAGGAACUCAAAGACAUUGACGGUCCCACAGGGUGGGGUGAACUUGUUGAGGAUUCGCGCAAUUGGUAUGAUGAUGGAUCCAAUCUCUGGUCAACAACAUUGCCCCAGGCAAAGGAAACUGUUGACAAAUGCAUUGGUGCUGGUAAACAUGGAAGUACUGCUGACUCCGUGUGCUUCUCUUCUACCCAACUACAACAGGAAGAGAUUAAAGUUGACUCCUGUGUGGAUUCUGCUGGGGGCGCAGACUGGUCAAAGGCCUCAAUGAGUGGCACCCAGUCACAAGGAGAUAUUCAAACAGCAUCUUUGUUUCAGAAUGAACUUGAAAACCACAAAGAAAAAGUAAAUGUUGCUGCAAAUGAAGAUUCUGCUUCAAAUAUUAAUCUUCCUCCACGAUUCAGAAAUAAACGGUAUGGAAAGCACUACCAAACACAAAAGCCACAACCUGGACAGCCAAAAGAGAGUGUCAAUGAACAGUUAACAACAGGAGCAAGCCACAAAUGGGAUAAUCCCAAUGACAGAAACAAGGAGUCAUUACACACGACAUCAGAAAAAUGCAAUACCCAGAAGGAGAAAACCAACUCAGAUCCUUGGGAUGAUUGGGACACAUCAGUUGUUGCUCCAGUGCAUGUGAUUGAUGAUGAAGAUUUAGAGGACAUUAUUGCAAUCAGUGAUAAUGAUAACAUGGAUGAUGUUAUGGUACAACAGUAUGUCAAUGCUCUUCAUAAGGAGAAGGCAUCUUGUGCAUCUAAAGCCACCCCUUCAAAGGCAACACCCAGCCGCAUUCAAGCACUUGGCAACCUCAAGUCAACUACAAAUGCUGACUGUUACCAGGCUCCCCCAGGCACUAUGCCAAACCCACCCAAGGGACCAGAUCGCUGGGGUGGCAAGGAACUCAAAGGCAUUGACAGUCCCACAGGGUGGGGUGAGCCUGUUGACAAUCCUGGGAAUUGGUAUGAUGAUGGAUCCACUCUUUGGUCAAACUCUUCUACAACAACUGGGGGCUGGAGUUGGAAUAGUUGAUCUGAAGCACAGAUUUGCAGCCUUUGACCCACACAAACCCUGCUUGCCAAGAUUCAAGAACAAUCCUCUCUGGUUACUUAGCCAGUCAUAAUCUAUCACCCAUAGUUAGUACUCCUGUUUAUCGGAAGACACUGAACAAAUGCUCGAAGGGUACUUUACAUUGCAGGAACUGCUUGUGCUAUUAGCCCGCCCCCAGGCCACAAAUAAUGUGGGCUGAAGCAUGCAUUGUACCCUUGCAUGCCCAUACAAAAUGACAAUGCACUCCCCUGAACUAUCAAGAGUGUGAAACCAAAAAUAAUUUUGAAAAGCACCUUAAUUGGAUGAUAUUACACUUACUGAACUCAGCUAUCACAAAAUGUUGCAUUUUAUUAGUGUGGCAGAUCAAUAUCAGGGGGAAUGGCUACUGAGGCAAACAAUAGAACAACUUGUCACUGACAAAUCACAAUAAAUAAAUUUUGAUCCAAUUGCCGCUGUAAUCAAGUAUAAAGACGAUUGUAUUUAUUUUUAGGAUUUUAAAUUUACAGUCUUGUACAUAGCAUAAUUCUUGUACAUAAUUCUAGGUUCUUAAUUAAAUUUUUAAUACUUAUUUUUUAUUUCUAAAUACACGACCCCACCAGCUCUGCUGAA